CCGCAUUCAGAAUUCCUCGAACCUGAAAUGCAAUUUGUCAUUUUUCUACUCAGCGUUCAAGUACUUGUGGUGGCGCCUGUUUUGGGUCAUAUCAUUGGUACCAUUGGCAACUCUACACUCAUUAACGGUCUCGGUCGAUAUGAAGGGGGACCGGCGAGUGAGCUUGCGGUAGUCAGUCUCGAGUACGGGAAACGAUAUCGCCUACGCCUUAUAGCAAUGUCUUGCCAUAACAACUUUGCAUUUUCCAUCGACAAUCAUAACUUGACGGUAAUAGAAGCAGACGGUGAACUGACGGAGCCCCUGCUCGUGGACUCGAUGACGAUACUUGCUGGACAACGAUACUCUGUUGUACUCACCAUGAAUCAGCCAGUCGGCAACUACUGGAUACGAGCACUCCCAAACCCUCCAGGUUCGACCUUCGGCGACGGCCAGAGCCUUGCUAUCUUGCGAUACAAGGGUGCACCCGUUGCAGAUCCUCCAGAUCCUACCACGAAACAGACCAAAAGUACCAUGCCGCUCCUCGAGACCAACUUGCAUGCAUUCAUCAAUCCUGGUGCACCUGGGGUUCCU